AUGGCAUCUAUAGUACGGUUUUUUAGCCGUAGAUUCAAGCGUAAAAAGUCCGAGCCAGCUCACAGCCAUGUGGAGGAGGUAUUGAGUACAGGCAAGACGAAGAAGAAUAAAAAGUCCGAUUUGGAUUGCCGCGUUACCUACCUUGAUGGCACAGAGCAAACAUUUUAUUUACCAAAGAACGCGAAUGCCUCCGAACUAUUCGAUUUGGCUUUCGCCUACGUUGGUAUCAACGAGGAGAAAGACUACUUCAGUUUAAAGUAUUUCGGAAAAUUUACGGUUUGGCUGGACCCCUCGAAAGGUAUUAGAAGUCAAUGCAAAGCCAACCCGCCUUAUUCCAUUGCGCUGCAAGUCAAGUUUUUCUCUUCCGACCCGCAUAAUCUGCGUGAUGAAUACACCCGAUAUCUGGUCGUACUGCAACUGCGUGAGGAUAUUCGCACUGGACGCCUUCCAUGCACUGAUUUGCGUCUUGCAACUGAACUCGCUGCUCUUCUGCUGCAAGCGGAAUUCGGCGACUACGAUUCAAGACAACACACCCCGGUGUUUGUGUCCACAUUCCGCUUCAUACCAGAGGAGCAACAAACCGAAGCAUUCGAGUUAGCUGUGCUCGAACAGUAUCGCGCAUUAAGAGGUCGAAAUCUUCUCCCCUCUGAUGCGGAAGCGCUGUAUUUGGAAAAAGCCCGCCACAUUCCGGACUAUGGAGUGGACAUGCAUGUGGUAAAAGGUAAGAACAACCAGGAGUACAAGCUUGGACUCACUCCUACUGGCAUCUUGGUCUUUGAGGGAACCACCAAAAUUGGACUCUUCUUUUGGCCAAAUGUGUUGAAGAUCGAGAUGAAAGGGAACCGGUUAAAAAUUUUGGUCACCGAGGAGGACGAAGCUUCCCGCAAAGUCACUGAGCAUGCUUUCUGUUUUGUGCUCACCGAUAACCAUGCUUGCAAAAGCUUGUGGAAGAGCGCCGUGGAACACCACACCUUUUUCCGACUCACAGACCGAAGCCAACCGCCUCCGAAACGCCGCCAGUUAUUCCGCUUGCGUUCUAGAUUCCACGCUAGUUUCAACACAGAGUACCAACUACACAAUCUCAACUUGUUCGGUAGCAGUAGCUUCCGGAAGCGCAAGGGCAAAACUUCAAGCUCUGCAUCCUCUCCCGCUCCAACCAAUCCCAAACCCAGUGGUGAUCAACCCGGUGAUAUUCCCGCUCCUGGAACCACCCCCAAGCCAUCCAGCUUCCGGCGUGUACCAAGCAGGCGCUUCACCUCUAGAGCUAGUUUCUCUAAUCGAUCCGGAUAUGGUGAGCGUCGUGCCAAACGGCACCGCGUGCCACCGUCACCAGAACAAGUCCAGGCCAACGCUUUCGACGAGGCUCGGACAGUAGUGAAUGUUGAGCGUGCUUGCGUUCGUGAUCGGCUCUGGACUCCUCCAAACCCUUUCCCACCUGCCACAAGAACCCCGACACUUCGCCGUCACGUUCCAGAUCCGUCACCAACCGCCGACCAAUCCGGUAACUCCAUUGCGACUCCUCCGGCCGCCGUCCGCGUUACGCCCAAGAUCGGAGACUUGCGUAAUCAAGGCCUGAAAUCUCAGAAAAAGAUAGGAGGUAUCAUAGGCUCCAAUGCGAAACUCACCACCGGUGACGAUUGUUUCGAGGCUACC